CUACUACUGCUGAAUUUUUCUACUUUCAAUAUGCAUGUCCCUGCUGACAAAUCGAACCGCCGGAUCCAGCUCACCAGAGGGUUCACCGCGCGCAGCAACCUGGACAUGAGCCAUAUGGACACGCUAAAGUACAUCAACGAUCCCAUCCAUGGCUACAUUAGUCUCGAUGACUACGCGCUGAGGUUUAUCGAUACGCCGCAGUUCCAGCGUCUUCGCCAUUUGAAGCAGCUUGGCACCUCGUUUGAGCACUGCAUCGGUACGUCGUUCUUGGCCAACAAUGUUGUCACCGGGCUGAAAGAGCGCCAGCCAGAACUCGAUAUCAACGAGCGUGAUAUCCGGUGCGUCACGCUUGCAGGUCUGUGCCAUGACCUUGGGCACGGGCCCUUCAGUCACGUAUUCGAUAACGAGUUCAUUCCGCGCGCAAGACCUGGUCUUUCGUGGUCUCAUGAGGAAGGCUCCAAAAUGAUGCUGCAGUACGCGAUCGACGACAACCACAUUGACAUUGACACCGACGACGUAAAGUUCAUCAAGCAGCUGAUUCUGGGCACAAAGGCUACGUCUAUUGGCACUGAAAAGAUGUUCUUAUUCGACAUUGUGGCUAACAAGCGCAACGGCGUUGACGUCGACAAGUUUGACUAUAUCCAGCGCGACUGCUACAACGUCGGAGUCAAGAGCAGCUAUGACUUUUCGCGGUUGAUGCUCAACUCCCGCGAGGCCUACAACCUCACCGAGAUGUUCCAUACGCGGUACAGCCUGCACAAGCGCGUCUACGCGCAUCCGGCCGCCAAGGCCAUCGAGUUUAUGCUGAUUGACGCGAUGCUGAUUGCCGACCCGGUGCUAGAGCUGUCGCAGGCAGUUCUGGAUCCCGAGCGGUACUUGUACUUGACAGACGAGAUUGUGCGAGACAUUGAGCGCUCGCGUGAGCCUGAGCUGGAGACGGCCCGGGCGAUUCUCAGGCGGCUGCAGAAGCGUGAGCUGUACAAGCUCGUUGACGAGUUCAUUCUUCCGCCCGAGUUGUCGUCUAUCGCCGACUCACGCAUCGUGAAGUUCCGCUCGGACAACGACGAUUUCACUGAGAGAGACGUGCUGGUCGACAUCAACCGCAUGCACUACGGUAUGAAGAACGAGAAUCCAGUCGAGCAUAUCAACUUCUACUCAAAGUACAACGGCGACGAAAAGUUCCCGAUUGCCAGCGAGCUCAUCAGCGCGUGCGUGCCAAACAAGUACGAGGAGCUCAUUAUCAGGAUCUUCACCAGGGAUCCGGCCAAGAGCAAGCAGAUCCAGAGGGCUGCCAGACGGCUCAUGGUCACGUUCAAUUCAAGCCCGUUCAUAGCGUCGUCGCCACUGAAGAGCAUCACGCCGAACCGCGGUCUGACGUUCCCCGACAGCAUGGACGAGCCAGAUAUCAAGAAGCGCCGCCUCGAUUUCAGUGCCAAGCCUGACUGCGCCGAGGAACAAGCCUUGAGCAAGCUUUAAUAAAGAAAGCAUCUUAUGAGAGUUUUAAAAAAAUCAUUUG